AUGAGUUCGAGGGUCCAGAGGCAAACGGUUACAAUCACGGAGCCGGUGGUUUAUGAGGACGACGGUGGAGAAAUGAAGACAGCGACGAAGAAAAUCACGAAAAGGAUAUACACCUGGAAUGAAAUUCCGGAGUGGCAGAAGGACAACGAGCACAUCAUUGAUGGCUAUGUGCGAGAGACAAACAGUUUUUUGAAGUGUGUACACAGUCUGUUCUACUUGCAUAAUGAAUCCGUGAACGUGUACUCACACUUAAUUCCCGCUCUGUGCUUCUUUUCCGUUCUUUUCCUUAACAAAUAUUGUGUGAAAAGCUUCGAGACAACAUCGCUCGUGGACUACUUAUUUAUAGAUCUAUUCUUUCUAGGGGCGUUUACGUGCUUGAUAUUGAGUAGCACAUUCCAUUGCUUCAAAAGUCAUUCGUUGAAAGUAGCAACUUUUGGGAAUAAACUGGAUUACCUGGGAAUUGUUGUGCUCAUCGUAACCUCUAUGAUAAGCAUACUAUAUUAUGGGUUUUAUGACAGUUCGGUAAUGUUCUACUUCUUUUCCUUUGUCACGCUAUCCUUCGGGACCGCCUGUGGGGUCGUGUCGUUAAAGGAUCAUUUCAGGUCCCGUGAAUGGAGACCAUAUAGAGCUGGCUUGUUUGUUGCCUUUGGAUUGUCGGCAAUUCUCCCCAUUUUGAGUGGUAUGUUUGCCUAUGGGAUCGAAGAGGCUUUCCACAGAAUCCAAAUAAAAUGGAUUAUUUUGGAAGGGGUUUUCUACAUUCUUGGUGCGUUUCUGUAUGGUAUUCGCUUCCCUGAAAAGGGCUCCCCUGGUAAGUACGACAUUUGGGGACACUCGCACCAAGUGUUCCAUAUACUGGUGGUAGUCGCAGCACUGUGCCACCUAAAGGGACUCAUGGUCUCGUAUGAACUGGUACAUAAGGGCCUAAGCAGUGCUACUAAAGCCUAA